CGCUGCGGCCGCCGCGCGUGGCCGUGGCGCUGCUGGCGCGGAACGCGGCCCACGCGCUGCCGCUGGUGCUGGGAGGGCUGGAGAGGCUGCGGCACCCCACGGACAGGAUGGCGCUGUGGGUGGCCGCUGACCACAGCGUGGACAACACCUCGGCCGUGCUGGCGGCGUGGCUGGGCCGCGUGCGGGGCCGCUACCACCGCGUGCUCUGGAGGCACCAGGAGCAGCCCACGUCCUUCCCCGACGAGGAGGGCCCCAAGCACUGGAGCCCCUCUCGCUACGAGCACCUGAUGAGGCUGCGCCAGGAGGCCCUGGAGGCCGCCCGGGCCAUGUGGGCCGACUACCUGCUGUUCCUGGACGCGGACAACGUCCUGGUGAACCCGGACACGCUGGCCGUGCUGGUGGCCGAGAACAGAACCGUGGUGGCGCCGAUGCUGGACUCGCGCGCCGCCUACUCCAACUUCUGGUGCGGCGCCACCGCGCAGGGCUAUUACCGCCGCACGGCCGACUACCUGCCGAUCCGGCGCCGGGAGCGCCGGGGCUGCUUCGCGGUGCCGAUGGUUCACUCCACCUUCCUGCUGGACCUGCGCCGGGAGCGCUCGCGGCUCUUGGCCUUCCACCCGCCGCCGCCCGGCUACACCGGCCCCUUCGACGACAUCCUCGUCUUCGCCGCCGCCUGCCGGCACGCCGGGGUGCAGAUGUUCGUGUCCAACCGGGAGCAGUUCGGGUUCCUGCCGGUGCCGCUGCGCUCCCAGAGCUCCCUGCGGGACGAGGCCGAGAACUUCCUGCACGUCCAGCUGGAGAUCAUGGUGAAGCUCCCUCCGGCCGAGCCCUCCCCCCACGUGUGGGUCCCUCCCAAGGUCUUGGACAAACUGGGAUUCGAUGAGGUGUUCCUGAUCAACCUGCGGCGCCGGCCGGACCGCCGGGCGCGGAUGCUGCGCACGCUGCAGGAACUGGGGGUCUCCCCCAAGCUGGUGGAGGCCGUGGACGGCCGGGCCCUGAACAGCAGCCAGGCGGAGGCGCUGGGGGUGCGGAUGCUGCCGGGCUACCGGGACCCCUUCCACGGGAGACCCCUGACCCGCGGCGAGGUCGGCUGCUUCCUCAGCCACUUCCGCGUCUGGCAGGAGAUUUCGGCGCGGGGCCUGCGGCGCUCGCUGGUGCUGGAGGACGAUCUGCGCUUCGAGGUUUUCUUCCGCAGCCGCCUGGAGGAGCUGAUGGAGCAGCUGGAGCAGGCGGCCAUCGACUGGGACCUCGUCUACCUGGGCCGGAAGCGGCUGGAGCCGGAGCGCGCCGAGCGCGGCGUGCCGGGCGUGCGGCAGCUGCUGCGGCCGGGCUACUCCUACUGGAGCCUGGGCUACGCGCUGUCGCUGCGCGGCGCCCGCAAGCUCCUGGCCGCCGAGCCCCUGGGCAAGAUGAUCCCGGUGGACGAGUUCCUGCCCCUCAUGUUCGACCGGCACCCCAGCCCCGAGUAUUCCCGGCACUUUUCCCGGCGGGACCUGCGGGCGUUCUCGGCGGAGCCGCUGCUGCUCUUCCCCACGCACUACACGGGCGAGCCCGGCUACGUCAGCGACACCGAGACCCGGCGCCGGGAAUUCCCGCCGGAAUCCCGGAAUUCCCAACCCCAGAGCCCCCCGGAGCCCCCCGAAAUCUGGGAUGGGGAGGAAUUCCUGUGGGAAUCCCAAAAUUCCCAGCCCCAGCAGGAGAGCGACGCCCACGAGGAGCUUUGACCCCGAAAUCCCCAAAAUUUGGGAGGGGAAUUCCCAGCCUCAGGCAGGACAAACUCCAACCCCAAAAUCCCCAAAAUUUGGGAACAAUUCCCGCAGGAAUCCCAGAAUUCCCAGCCCCAGCAUGAGGGGCUCUGACCCCAAAAUCCCUGAAAUUUGGGAAAAAUUCCCACAGGAAUCCUGGAAUUCCCAACCCCAGCAUGAGGAGCUCUGACCCAAAAUCCCCAAAAUUUGGGAAGAAUUCCUGUGGGAAUUCCGUAAUUUUCAGCCUCAGGCAGGACAAGCUCCAACCCCAAAAUCCCCGAAAUUUGGGGAGUUUCUAUUCCCAAAUAAAUUUUUAUUUUUAUUUUUCAUCCCA